CCUUGCUUGGCCUGAGUAAAGUUGAGUCUGCCAGCCUCAGCUGGCCAGCUGUGAAAUGGGAAUAAGUGCUCAGCCUCAGAAGGGUUUUUUUCAUUCUGCUGAUGAAGCCAGACACGAAACACGUUCUUUCCUUUCUUUCCUCCUUAUAGCACCUGUCUCUACAAUGUACGAAAUGGGACUGGCGUCUCCAGAUUUGCCUGGCCCGACUCCGUACAGCGAGGAGGCCCCAGACGCCUAUUGCCAGGAGGCUGACCGAUGGCAGAGGCUGCGCACAGCUGUCCGGAAGCUGGAAUUCUGGGAAAACUUUGAGGCUGAGCUGAUAGGCAGUGGCUUCUUCUCCAAAGUGUUCAAGGUCGCUCCGAGGCCUGGGGGCAAGGCCAUGGUGGUCAAGAUUUACAAGAACGACGCCGAUCAGGAGGGGAUUGUGCGUGAGAUCAGCUUGCUGCAGAAGCUCUCCCAUCCCAACAUUGUCAGGUACCUUGGGAUCUGCGUGAAGGAUGACAAGCUGUACCCAAUUCUGGAGUAUGUGAACGGCGGGUGCUUGGAAGAGCUUCUGGCCUGCAGAGACGUCUCCCUCAGCUGGAAGGAGAAGGUGGACUUGGCCUCGGACAUCGCCCGCGGGAUGGUCUAUCUCCACUCCAAGAGUAUCUAUCACCGCGACCUCAACUCCAAGAACUGCCUCAUCCGAGUGACCCAGCGAGGGCGGGAGGCCGUGGUGACUGAUUUUGGGCUGGCCAAGGAAGUGGCAGAGCUCUCGGCAAAGAGUCCAGAGAGGAAGCUCUCCCUGGUGGGCUCAGCCUUCUGGAUGGCUCCCGAAAUGCUGCGGGGAGAACCUUAUGACCAGAAGGUGGACGUCUUCUCCUUCGGGAUCGUUCUCUGUGAAAUCCUGGGCAGGAUCCCAGCAGACCCCGAGGUGCUGCCACGGACUCAGGACUACGGUCUGGAUGUGGCUGCCUUCCAGGGCAUGGUAGGAGGAUGUCCCAAGCAGGCUUUGGAUUUGGCCACCAGCUGUUGCAGGAUGGAAGCCUUCAAGCGCCCCUCCUUCUCCGAGAUCCUGGAGGAACUGGGAGACACCGCCGAACAGCUGGAGUUCUCCACAGAGAAGCAGCCCCCGGGUUGACAUGCCCAGCGGGAUGCAGACUGCAACAUACCCGUGUAUCUCAAAAGAAAGGCUUCUGUGGCAGGAGAAGGGGGUCUUGACCCUGGGAGCAGAUCAGAGAAUUGGGUAGUGGAAGACAGAGCACCCUCCCUCCCCCCUCCUGUCUCUUUUCUAGAUGUCCAGAUUCUUGUGGACUGAGCAGUAUCAUUGCAAGCAAACACCCCCCCAUUUAGAUGGCUCCAGUCAGUGAGCCGAGCCGCAUGCUGCAGGGGAAAGGCAAGGUGCCCGCCACAGCCGUCGGCCCAUCAGGGGCCUGGGUUGCAUCCAGUCGUUCUUCCUCAGAGCACCGUCUCACCCCCAGGUCCUGUCGACCCUCCCCACGCUUCCUGGUGCUGUGAGGU